AUGCAGCAGACCGCCCGUCAGGGCCUGGCAGUGAACGCCGCGCGACUCCUAGCCCCGGUGGUCUUGCGCAAUGCGAAUGGCGCGAAAUGCUCGAAGCUCGACAACAGCACCCAACGACGAAGUCUCCACCAGACGAGUAGAUACCUCGCUUCGAAUAUAUCCUCGCUAGGAACCUCAUCGUCAACUGGCACGGGAGGCGCUUUCCCAGUGUACUUUGGAAAAGGUUCCCUUCCGAGAAACACGAUCAUCCGAUUCGUGCCGCAACAGACAGCUUGGAUAGUCGAGCGCAUGGGCAAGUUCAACCGCAUCCUACAGCCUGGAUUGGCUGUCAUGAUACCAUUCCUCGACCGUAUUGCAUAUGUCAAGUCGUUGAAGGAAGCCGCAAUUGAGAUUCCGUCGCAGAGUGCCAUUACUGCAGACAACGUCACCUUGGAGCUGGACGGCGUGUUGUACACAAGAGUUUUCGAUGCGUAUAAGGCGAGUUACGGUGUCGAGGACGCCGAGUACGCCAUUUCCCAGCUCGCGCAGACGACAAUGCGUAGCGAGAUCGGCCAGCUGACACUCGACCACGUCCUCAAAGAGCGCGCCGCUCUGAACAUCAAUAUCACAGCCGCCAUCAACGAGGCAGCACAGGCAUGGGGUGUAACCUGCCUGCGUUACGAGAUCCGAGACAUCCAUGCACCGGCCGCCGUUGUCGAAGCCAUGCACCGUCAAGUCACGGCUGAGCGUUCCAAGCGAGCGGAAAUUCUCGAGUCCGAGGGUCAGCGCCAGAGCGCCAUCAACAUCGCCGAGGGUAAGAAGCAGUCCGUCAUCCUGGCAUCCGAAGCCAUGAAGGCCGAGCAGAUCAACCGCGCAUCCGGUGAGGCAGAGGCCAUCCUCAUGAAGGCAAAGGCGACGGCGUCCGGCAUUGCGGCGGUCGCUCGCAGCAUCGAAGAAGGUCAGGGUGCAGCUCAAGGAGCCGUCAGCCUCAGAGUUGCGGAGAAGUACGUGGACGCGUUCGGCAAUCUGGCGAAGGAAGGCACCGCGGUUGUGGUACCAGGCAACGUCGGAGAUAUCGGUGGCAUGAUCGCCACUGCACUCAGCGUGUAUGGCAAGGUUGGCAGUGCUCAGGCUCAGACUAUGGCCAAAGAGAUCGCUGCUAAGGAGCUCGCUUCCAAGGAGGAUGGUGCCGAGGCAUCUGAGCCAAUUGAGGAGAAGUCUUCCAGCCAGGCUGCUAGGGACAGUAUUGUGGCAGACUUUGACAAGGCGACGACAAGGCAAUGA